AUGGCGGACGACAUCGAGGCCAAGGAGCCUCACAAUGAAUUCGACACUAUUUUGGUCCUGGACUUUGGCAGCCAGACGAGUCACUUAAUUCUCCGUCGAUUGCGAAGCCUCCAGGUCUAUGCUGAGAUGCUGCCGUGCACCACCAAACUGGCGGACCUUCCCUUCAAGCCGAAGGGCAUUGUGCUGUCCGGAGGACCGUCAUCUGUCUACGAUCAAGACGCACCCCACGUCGACCCCGCUAUCUUGGAGCUCGGUAUUCCGAUCUUGGGUAUUUGUUACGGUUGCCAGGAAAUCGCUUGGAGGAUCAACUCGGAGAACGUUGCCCGUGGAGAGCACCGAGAGUAUGGCCAUACCGACGUGAAUAUCCAUCACACAAAUGACUCUAGCAUCAAUCGCCUCUUCGCCGGUCUAGGCGAGACGAUACAUGUCUACAUGAGUCACUUUGACAAGCUCACGAGGUUGCCCUCUGAAUUUGUGGUGAUUGCGAGCAGCAAAAACUCUGAAUAUGCCGGAAUCGCUCACCAGACAAAGCCAAUCUAUGGCGUGCAAUUCCACCCAGAGCUGGAGCACACGCCGCGUGGCAUUGAGAUUCUGCGCAACUUUGCUGUCAACAUCUGUGGAGCGCAAGCUAGCUGGGUGAUGAAAAACUUCAGGGACAAGGAAAUCGUUCGCAUCAGGAACCUUGUUGGCAGUAGCGCACAGGUUAUUGGCGCAAUUAGCGGGGGGGUCGAUUCGACUGUUGCAGCCAAGCUUAUGAAAGAGGCAAUUGGCGAUCGCUUCCACGCUAUUCUGGUUGAUAAUGGUGUGAUGCGGCUAAACGAAUGCGAACAGGUCAAGGAGACUCUUAGAGAGCAUCUUGGCAUCAACCUGACGGUUGUUGAUGGAGCGGAAUUGUUCCUCUCCCGUCUCAAGGGUGUGACUGAGCCUGAGCAGAAGCGCAUGAUUAUCGGAGAAACCUUUGUGCAUCUUUUUCAAAAGGAAGCAAGCCGACUAGAGCAGGAAGCCGAGAAGACACAAAACGCAGGCCCUAUUCUUUGGCUUUUGCAAGGCACCCUCUACCCUGAUGUAAUCGAGAGUGUCUCUUACAAAGGUGGAGAUCCUGCAUAUGUUCGACCAAGUGCAACUAUCAAGACCCAUCACAAUGUUGGCGGCUUGCCCAAAACACUCAAGCUUAAGCUCAUUGAGCCGCUGCGAGAAAUGUUCAAGGACGAGGUUCGAAAAUUUGGGGCAGAGCUGGGCAUCCACAGAGAUCUUCUCAUGCGGCACCCGUUCCCUGGCCCUGGCAUCGCCAUUCGAAUCUUGGGCGAGGUGACUCCUGAGAGGGUCGCUAUGGCCCGAGCUGCCGACAACAUCUUCAUAUCCGAGAUCAGGGCGGCUGGCGUGUACGAUCUGAUGAGUCAAGCCUAUGUUGCGAUUAGCCAGGAUAGGGCUGUGGGUGUCCAAGGCGAUGCCAGGGUCUACGGAUAUAUCGCUAUCCUUCGUGCCGUCAAGACACUCGAUUUCAUGUCGGCAGAGCCUUACGAAUUCGACUUCGGCUUGCAGAAGAGGAUAUCAACGCGUAUUGUAAACGAGGUCGUCGGGAUCGCGCGCGUGACUUACGACAUCACCAGCAAACCCCCGGGCACUAUUGAAAUGGAAUAA